AUGGGUGAUCUUGAAAAUGCAACUGAGGCUGCAUCUCUUGCUGUUCAAUUUGAUCAAGCUAGUCAGCCUGAUAAAGCAGUAGAAUGUUAUCGAACCGCUGCGAGGCUGCUAGACCGAAUUUGUGCUCAAGUGCCACCUUCACAACAAUCCGAUAUUCGGACUAAAGUUAAAGAGUAUCUGGAAAGAGCGACAUUCUUACAAGAACAGAAAAAUAAAGCACAACAAGCAGAAAGUGUUCGUGAUUUAGAAAAAUGCUACUUUUUAAUGCAGCAAGCCCUUGAUGCUGAUGAAGCGAAUUUAAAAGAUCUAGCAUUGCAAUUGUACAUGCAAGCUGUGGAAUUAGCUGUCUCAGUUAAAACAAGUGAUCCUGAUAUUAAUACCAAAAUCAAGGGAUUUGCAAAACAAGCUUUGGAUAGAGCUGAAGAAAUUAAAGGGAUUAAAAAAUUUACUUCUUUAUCCAUUAAUGAAACCAAAAGACCAGUUGUAUCCCCAAGCAAAGCUCAACUGCAAAGAGAACAGAGUGUGCAUCUUAAAGUCAGUGGAAAGCAAAUUUACAGUGAGGAGGAAAAAGAAGUAUUACGUCAAACGUCUAAUAUAAAUAACAAUUGCUUUCUACCAUUUAUGGAUGUUGAUUUAUCAGAGAAGUUCCAAUAUGCAAUACCCUUUGAAGAUCGUGCAAGUGAAUUAAGGUUAUCGUCAAAGCAGGCAAAAGAAUUUGACACUUGGGUUCGGCCCCAUGAAGUUUCUAGUGAUCCAAAAUUGAUAGUGGGUGAUCAUGUUGACUGUUUUAGUAUUAAGCAAACUAUAGUCUCAGACUGUUCAUUUGUAGCGUCGUUAGCAGUAAGUGCACUUUACGAAAAGAGAUUUAAAAAGAAAAUUAUAACAUCCAUAAUUUACCCAAAGAAUAAAAAUAAAGUACCAGUCUAUAAUCCAUUUGGAAAAUACAUGGUUAAGUUGCAUCUGAAUGGCGUGCGAAGAAAGAUUAUUAUAGACGAUCGCCUCCCUUACAGUAAAUAUGGAAGAAUCCUAUGUUCAUACUCAAGUAACAAGAAUGAAUUUUGGGUAUCAAUGCUUGAGAAGGCUUAUAUGAAAGUUAUGGGCGGGUAUGAUUUUCCUGGAUCAAAUAGUAACAUAGACCUCCAUGCCUUAACCGGCUGGAUACCCGAACGGUGUGCUAUACGCAACAGUGAGGCAGAUUUCAACGCGGAGGCGUUGUAUGAAAAACUGCGCACGCGUCUAGAGUGCGGUGACGUGCUAGUGACAGUCGCAACCGGAUCUCUAGACGACGCGGAAGCGGAACGCACAGGCCUGGUUGCUACGCACGCGUACGCAGUACUGGACGUACGACUUGUUAAUGGUAUUCAACUCUUAAAACUAAAAAAUCCCUGGUCACAUCUUCGGUGGAGAGGGAACUAUAGUGAGCUGGAUACAGCCCACUGGACACCAAGUCUUAAGGCCCAAUUGAACUAUGACCCGGACAGUGCAGCUCAGUACGACAAUGGCGUGUUUUGGAUAGACUAUGCUAGUAUACUGAAGUUUUUCGAUGUUUUUUAUUUGAAUUGGAACCCAGAGCUGUUUCAAUACACGUAUUGUAUACAUCAGAAAUGGGAUGCGGGCAAUGGUCCCGUUAGAGAUGCAUACAAUGUAGGCGAGAAUCCACAAUUUUCUCUUCACGUACAAGGACGUGGCGCGGUAUGGCUGCUACUAACACGACAUAUCACCCAAAUCGAAGACUUUAGUAACAAUAAGGAGUAUAUCACCCUACUCGUGUAUAAAAAUGGUCAGCGGGUGUACUAUCCAUACGAUCCGCCGCCCUACAUUGACGGUAUACGUAUCAACAGCCCUCACUAUCUCUGCAAGAUAAUAACCACAGACACAAAUACGGACAGAUUCACACUAGUCGUAUCACAGUAUGAGAAAACGCGUACGAUCUUUUAUACGCUACGAGCGUACGCGACCUGUCCAUUCUCGAUGAGCAAGAUUGAACCUUAUCCUUAUAAGAAAACGAUAAGGGGAGAAUGGUCGGGUCGCACUGCCGGAGGUUGUGAAAACCACCCAAGCACAUACCCAAAUAACCCCAAAUUCAUAGUAACAAUACCGGAGUCACGGGUGCCUUGCAAUCUCGUAGCGGAACUGAAGGGUCCCAAGCAGUAUCAGAUGGGGGUGGAUGCUCGAGUGGAGUCAUUGGAAGAUCCCAGUGUAACGGCUCCGUUUUUAAAAGAGUCUUCAGGAGCAUUUAGGUCAGGUUUCGUAGUUCUGCAGCUUCGCAAUCUCCCCGCCGGUCGGUAUAUCCUAACUGCCUCAACUUUCUAUCCGGGUGAAGAAGGUCCUUUUUUCCUUGAGCUCAAGUCCACGUGCGAGGUUUCCUGCGAACAGCGACACUAG